GAAAGAUGGCGACAGCAGAGAUGUCUGUGGAAGAGUUGAUCGAAAAAAGAGUUUGCUUGUUCCAAGCCCACAUCAUAGAAUGUGUUUUCGCCCAUGAAUUGUUGGUAUCACUAACUUUUCUAGAUAAAGGUAAAAAGCAAGAAAUAAGACAAAUAAAAGAACGAGAAGGAGAUAUCAAAGCCAUGGAAAAACUUUUGGAAAUCAUCAAGGAGACACCAGAAAAAGGGAAGUGGACCACGUUUGUUCAAAGUCUUUUAGAAGCAGAUUUCGAGCAUUUAGCCACUGCUCUGAAAGGUGGGGAGGAUAUUGACAGUUUUGGCUCAUCCCAACACCAAAAGCUCAUAGAAUUGCUGAGUCCAAGUCUUAUAAAGAAAUUGAACCCUAUGAACUUAGUUCAGUGUUUAGUGAGCUACGGUGUCCUUAGCAGAACAGACAAGGAACAAAUUGAGGCUGAGAAAUACAGUCGUGGUGAUAUUGCAGCAUCAGUGGUUCUUCUUGACCGAAUCCCAAGGAGACACAAGGAAUGGUAUGAUUUCUUUCUUCAGGCAAUUCAUGAGGCUGAGGACGGGAAGCAGGAUGACGUUAUAAAAGAAGUGGAUUCCCUCUUUCUUGAAAAAUAUGAGGCAAAGCAAAGAGACAAUCCAACAGCAAAAAAGUAUAAACCUCCGUACACCAGUCCUCUGCCAUCAAUGAGCUCCAUUACUAUGGAAAACUACGCUUCAGGAUCUGGAGGAGCUUGUUCCAUAGGAAACCUCAAUGCUCCUCCUCCUUCAGACAGUACUUCCUUCACCAGUGAACUGAAUGAAGGACCAUCAAUGAUGGACAGGUAUUCUGGUACCCCAUCUAUGAGUCGUGACCUGUCCAACCAGAUGCACAUGCUCUCUGAUAUUUUUAACAAUAUUGUGAAUAAUGAACAACAGCCAGAGCAGACAUCAGUGAAACAGAUUGCAAGCAUCUCUGAAAACCAUCCAAACAGGAGUGGUCCAAUGUCUCUGUUGUUCGAUUUCUCAAACAUUUCCAUCCCUUCCAAUCGUACCCAAGCACCUUCAACAGCUUUCAGCAGAAGUUCAGAAGCACCGUCACUCACAAGUUCACUAUCAUCAAGGUCAAGUAGAAGCUUGACAACUGGAGCACCAAUCAAUGGGCAAGGAAGAGGCAGAAUACUGCCAAACACGAGGAACGUGACAGGGGCGGAUUUGGAGAACCAACUAAAUGAUACUAAGGAGGCUGUUGAAAAAGCUCUUGAUCUUCGAGAAGAAAGAAAUAUACGUGUAUCACAGCAAACAGACGAGUCUGAGUCGAAUGUGGACAACUGUGCUUACCAAAUGGACAAGGAGUCAGAUGACCCAACCUCACAUGAAACAUUGAAAUUGCGUGACUACCAGAUGGAGCUGGCGCAGUCGGGACUUAAUGGUCGAAACUGUAUCAUUGUGGCUCCAACAGGAAGUGGCAAGACCCAUGUGGCCCUCAAGAUCAUACAGGAUCAUUUUGAGAGGAUGAGGGGAAGAAGGAACCCUAAAGUAGCAUUUCUGGUGGAACAGAAUGCACUGGCAGAGCAACAGGGUCAACAAUGUCAGGCUUAUCUCACAAAAAAUGUCAAGGUCAUCACCGGAGAAACACAAAGGACAGAAAAUUUCCAAGAGCUGUCAGUAUGGAUACAAAGGCGCGAUGUUCUAGUGGUGACUGCCCAGCUGUUAGUGAAUGCUUUGCUGGAAAAGAACGUGAGAAUCACUGAUUUCUCACUGUUGGUGUUUGAUGAAUGUCAUCACACCAAUCUUAAGCAUUCAUUCAACCGAAUAAUGCACCAUUAUAUUGAUCACAAGCUGGAUAGAGAUGCAGACCCGAGACCUCUACCUCAGGUGGUUGGUUUAACAGCCUCAGUGGGUGUUGGCAAGGCAAGGAAGAAGGAGGAUGCAAUUACAUGGAUAGAAAAGAUCAUGGCACACCUUGACGCACAAGAUUUAUGUACAGUCCGACAAAACAGGGCAAAACUUCAACAGUACGUCAGCAUACCUGAACAAGUUACUGAGAAAGUUCAAGGUCGUGUGAGUAAUGUGUUCGGCAAAGCCAUCAACAAUCUGAUGGCCAAGAUUGAACAGUUCAUGCAAAACUCUAACCAUGCACGGACUGUACCUGAUGUUGCGUCUACCCUUCGAGCGCCGGCCGGUCGUGGAACAGACCCCUACACACAGUGGCUAAGUCGUCUGUGGAAGGAAACGGCCAAAGUAUUUGAUCAAUCAGCUCGUCGAUUCUUCACCACUUGCAGGAAUUAUCUAGAUCUGUACAAUAAGAGUCUGAUCAUUUACCACGAUGCUCGUGUCAAGGAUGCCCUUGAUUUUUUGGACAACAGAAUCCGAGAAUUCAAAGAACGUAAUACCAAUUUGAAAGAUGACACUGAUCUGAAAAUGGAGACAACUUACGAUGGUAGCCGAAGUCUGCUUGAGAACUGUCUGUAUAAUGCUGAACAAGUUAACCCAAAACUCAACAAACUCAAAGACAUGCUGAUUGAGGCAUACAAGAAAAAAGAAGAUUCCCGAGGCAUCAUCUUUGUGAAAACUCGUGACCUUGUCAAGGCCAUAGAAUCCUGGAUGAAAGACGACAGGGAAUUGAGGAAGCUGAAUCCUGUAAAGUUUGUUGGCGCACAAGCAUCAGUUGAGAAGGGAGGUAUGACUAAGAACGAACAAGUAGAUGUGCUUCAGUAUUUCCGGGAUGGUCAUCACAAGGUCAUCAUUGCGACCUCCGUGGCAGAGGAAGGACUGGAUAUACAGAAAUGUAACCUUGUAAUCAGAUAUGACUAUGUAACCAAUGAAAUCGCUAUGGUCCAGUCAAGAGGUAGAGGCAGAGCAGAUGACAGUAAGUAUGUGCUGUUGACCAACGAGGGAGGCAGGGCUGCCCAGAAAGAGGAAAUCAAUCUCAUGAGAGAGGCCAUGAUGCAAAACGCAAUUGAAAUACUCCAAGGACGUUUACAACAUAGUCAGGAAAGCUUCCAACGAAGGAUUUUAAAGAUCCAGAUGGAGGAAAAACUGGCACGCGAAAUGGAGGCCACUAAGGGAAAGAGAGAAGUACAAGAAGGCCAGUUUGAACUUCGAUGCGGAAAAUGUCAGGAAUAUAUCUGUAUGUCUACCGACGUCAAAACAAUAAUGUCUGCUCACCAUGCCGUCUUAUGCGAUGACAUCUCAGAUCGCAUAACUGCAAAGAGGCUCAAUCGAGCCCAGUUCAGUGACCAACAGCUACAGUCAGGUGUUGGAAAACUUACAUGUAAAAAUUGUGGAUCAGAUCUUGGUAACGUUAGUAUCUACCAUGAAAUCCAGUUCCCCAUCAUCAAGAUCGCCAGCUUCAGCAUAGUGGAUGCCUUCGGGGUGGCAGACAUGAAGAAGAAAUGGAAACAGGUGCCGUUUUAUGUGGCUGAACUAUCCAAUGAAGAUUUAUAUGCCUUACUGAGAAGGGGAAAGCAACUUAUUAAUCUCCCGGUUUAGAAAGCGCAAAGAUGAAAAAAGAAAAAACUUUCCACUGUGUGUUAUCUCAGAAAUAUUCACUGUUGAUUGUGUUUCUAUUUUACAAAUCACAUAAAAUAUCUUGAUAUGUUUGCUCAUCUGAAAUUGAAUUCCAACAAUUUCUUACCAUAUCUAUUCUGUAUUAGCUCUUAAUAUAUAGAUAGGCAUAUGCAUCUACAUGUAGGGUAUGCCGAUUGACUCAGUAUAAUAUCUGGAGAACCUAUAGGUUCGGUUUUACCGCAAACGUUCAAACAUCAAAUUUUACAACUUUCAAUCUGUGCUUGAUGUAUGAUUAUCAAAUAUUAUCUUAUGUAUUACUGUUAAACUAUUGAAUGAAAUAUUGUUUAAACUAAUGUAUUGACCUUAUGAUAUUCACAGAGGGCUAACUCAAAGAAAAGCUCUAUCAUUCAAUUAAUUUCUUAUUGAAAAGUUGAAGUGGCCACCAUGUUCACUCAAUUUCAAAAAAGAAUUUUUUUUUAAAAAAAUGCAGCUAAAAAUAGAGGAAUUUAUAUAUUGUAUGUUUUAUGUUUUAAUUUCUUUUUUUUCUCUCAAUUUUUGUGAGUA